GGGUUUGGAGUGUGGUCUGAGCUUUGUAAAUAAGCCCCUUCGAGCUGGUCGUAAAAAGAUAGGCUGACCCGGAUCUACCUAGUCCUUGGAUGGGAGACCACACGGAAACCCGACACCUGAAAGUCACACUGUAAAAGCAUCCUGGAAGAAAACAGUGGAAAACCACCUCUACGAUGUUGCAAGAAAAAAAGCACGAGAUGACUAUGAAAUUGUUGGAAGUUGAGCUUCACUUGGAGAUUCCUUGCAGCGAGUACCUCUGUCUGCUACGCUCUCCCUCGUUAUGUCCCAAUGCUGUAAGAAGAUCAAGGACACUGUUCAAAACUUAGCUUCAGAUCACAAAGAUAUUCACAGCAGUAUCUCCCGUGUGGGCAAAGCAAUUGAUAGAAAUUUUGAUGCUGACUUGUGUGGCAUUGUCCCCGCUUUGGUCUGGGAAUCCCAAGAGAAACAGAUCCUGGUAUUGGCAAUUAUAGAGCACCUCUAUCAACAGGGAAUGCUGGGAGUGGCUGAAGAACUGUGUCAGGAAUCAACUGUGAAUGUGGAUGUAGACUUCAAAAAGCCAUUCCUGGAACUGAACAGCAUUCUGGAAGCUCUGCACAAACAAGACCUGGGACCUGCUCUGAGCUGGGCAGUCUUCCACAGGCAACAGCUGGCCGAUCUGAACAGCACUCUGGAGUUUCAGCUGCAUCGGCUACAUUUCAUCAGGCUUCUUUCUGGCGGUCCAGGCAAGGAGUUAGAGGCCCUGAGCUACGCGCGUCACUUCCAGCCCUUUGCCCACCUACACCAGCAAGAGAUCCAAGUGAUGAUGGGCAGUCUGGUGUAUCUACGCUUAGGUCUUCAGAACUCCCCAUAUAGCCAUCUCCUGGAUGAAAGUCAUUGGAUAGAGAUUUGUGAGGCUUUCACUCACGAUGCAUGUGCCUUACUGGGUCUCUCAGUGGAGUCACCUCUAAGCGUCAGCUUUGCUGCAGGGUGUGUAGCAUUGCCAGCACUGAUGAACAUCAAGGCUGUGAUUGAGCAGAGACAGUGCACAGGUGUCUGGAGCCACAGAGAUGAGCUGCCUAUUGAAGUUGAGCUAGGGAUGAAAUGCUGGUAUCAUUCAGUCUUUGCAUGUCCCAUCCUGCGCCAACAGACCACAGAUUCCAAUCCACCUAUCAAGUUGAUUUGUGGACAUGUUAUUUCUCGAGAUGCCCUCAACAAACUUAUCAACGGAGGGAAAUUGAAGUGUCCAUAUUGCCCCAUGGAACAAAACCCAGCUGAUGGAAAACGCCUCAUUUUUUGAUAAUGGCAAGACUUGUUAUGAAAUAGGCUCUUCAGAUACAGCAGUUGUGUGCAAGCAGAAUUCAGUCAUGUCCUGCUUAAUAUAACAGCUGUCUAGUGUGGUGGACCAGGCAAGAACUUUCCAGGAUGAGGCCAUGCAGUACUCUAUACACACACUCCUUUCUCGGUCUGUCUGAGGCUUCAUCCUGGGAGCUUCAACAGGCACUGCUCCUGUUGAAGAGUUUACCCUCUCCCUAUUCACAGUUCUGUUUCUUGUUGGAUUAUACCACAAGCACUCUACAUGGAACUGCUAUCCCUACUUUUAAUGCUUACAGAUUACAGAGUUCUUGAAAACAGAAAUAUAUUUCAGAAAAAUGCAAUAUACCUGAGGUAAGGAAAAGCAUGUGUAGAACCCAGCUUACUCCUGUUCUGAAGAAAACUUUAAAGGAAAUUGGAAAGGAAAUA